GACGGCAAAAUCUUUGGCAAGAUAGAGAAGUCGCGCUAACGCAUCAGCCAUCUUGUUCUUGCUUAGUUCCCAGGCUACCUCCAAAUUCGUCUAUUUUGUUACCAGAUCUCCUCGACCUCGUAUUGCAAGUCCCCAAAAUUCAUGCAGAAAGCGUCUGCCCAGUUGAUUUCGUUUAAUCAUCAGACCACUCGUUUUGCAUUCUUCCUGGUGUUAAUUGAUCUUUGAAAUUUCGGUCAUGUCACACAUGAGCGAAACAGCUCGCCGGCUUGUUUUUCUAGGCACCCAAGCUGAACCAUGUUUGAUUCAUGAAGAAGUUCCUAUUCCAAAGCUGAAACCUGGUGAAAUCCUAGGAAAGCUCCGAAUGGCAACAAUAUGUGGAUCGGAUUUACAUACAAUUAGCGGAAAGAGAAAAGAGCAGACGCCGAGCAUUCUUGGACAUGAAGGUGUUGUAGAAGUAAUCAAUCAUCUGCGUCCAGAUACUGACAUUGAAAAAGGAGACAGAAUAACAUUUCAUGUCAUCAACUGUUGCAACAAAUGUGAAAACUGCAGGGAAGGACUUCAGCAGAAAUGCACUUCUUUGUUCAAGUAUGGUCACUCUAUUAUGACAGAAGAAUCACAACUUAAUGGCUGUUAUGCAUCCCAUAUUAUCAUACACAGUGGAACACAUGUUGCAAAAAUUCCUGGUCAUGUCAGAGAUAAUAUGGCUGCUACCAUUAAUUGUGCAUUAGCAACAAUGGUUAAUGUUGUGUCUGGACUUACAGGAGAAAAUCUUCAUCGUGAUACAGUUGCCUUAAUUCAGGGGUGUGGCCUUUUAGGAAUUUAUGGCUGUGUGCUUCUUCAAGAAGCUGGCUUCAGGAAAGUUUACUGCUCUGAUAUUGAACCCAAGAGACUGGAAAUAGUUCAAAGGUUUGGUGGAAUUCCUGUCAUAACAGAUGGGAGCCCUCCAAGUGAUCCUGGUGACAACUCUGUUGAUGUGGUUAUAGAGGUUUGUGGAUUCCCAGGAGUGAUACCUGAUGGAAUAAGACUCCUUCGUACUGGGGGUUUAUAUGUGCUUGCUGGUAUGGUACAUCCAAAUUCCAAUUUAGAUAUCACUGGUGAACAGAUCAUAAGAAAGUGUGUCACUAUUAAAGGUAAGUAUCAAAGGAUGCCUGAACUUACAGUGAGAUGUCUACUUGUUUAUCAAUGGCCUUUUGACUCACUCUCUAUUUUCCUUUUUCUUUUCAUUGAUCAUCAUCAGGAAUUCACAACUAUGGUCCACAACAUCUGGAUGAAGCUAUUUCGUUUCUGUCCAGAACAUGUAAUAAAUAUCCAUUUGAAGAACUCUUCAGCCCAUCUUUCAAACUCACAGAUUUUGAACAAGCCUUGCUGCUCUCCAAACAGCAAGUGUUCAACAGAGUUUGCGUGGAGCCCUGAGGGACACUCUUGUUUCCUGAGUCUUUGUUCCCUUUCAUUACCUCAACUAGCACCUGUUGCACUAAAUAAGGGUAACAGGGACUCUGAGAGUGAGACUGCAUUUUAUGAAGGGUUGGGUUGGAGAAAAUUAUCUUUUAUGAAAUUGUCCCAUAUUACUGUUCAAGACAUAACUAUGGACAAAAUAUCCAGAUGGUAAAAUAUGAAGUCAGAAAUCAAAAAUAUACUAAAAAAAAUUAGUAUAAAUAUAUAUUGAAUGGUGAAAUCGAAAAGUUCAAAUAAUUGAUUCAAAACAAUAUUUAUUAGAACGACGGGCGCUACCAAAGUAUCACUGAAAGAUGCCUUACAUUUACCAAAGAUGUAAUUACUAACUGAUUGCUAACAGGAUUGCUAACUUAAAACUGAUCAAUUAAAUGUAGUGUUGAAACGUAGGGUUUGGUCACCUAGACUCCCGCGCAAGAGCCUCCCGUUAAAAGCGCGCGGCAAACAAAAUAUACAUAAAAGAUGCAUCUAUAUAUUGAGAAAAUGAUGAAAAAAGCAAGACAAAAAUUAGUGUUUUGAUUGGCAUCGACAGUGUUCACUGGAUUAUUUAUAGUCUCUUGAUUUACUCUCUGUUUUCGGCCUUUUCUUAAAAUUUAUCGUAAUUAGGAAUACAGAACUAUGGUCUUCAACAUCUGAAUGAAGCUGUUUCGUUUCUUUUCAGAGGUUGAAGUAAAUAUCCCUAGGGCUACCAGGAACUCUUCAGCCUAUCUUUCAAACCGACAGAUUUCGAACAAGUCUUGGAGCAAUCGAAACAGAAAACGUAUUACAGAGUUUGUUAUGCCUUGAGAGGAAGUAAUUAUAUUCGGGUUGUUCUCAAAGCUCACUGUACUUCGUUGCUCGUUGCUUACAAAACUUCCUGUGUCAGCUAAAAUUAUGCGAUGUUCAUAGUUACAUAGUUACUCUACAUUUAUUUUAGUCUGUUACCCAUUCCUUUACGGCCAAGGUCAAAUCGCUAGCCAAGCAUUCCCUCGUUAUAAUUUAACUGCCCACAAAAACGAGGACAUCAAAACAGGAUACGAUACCUCUAUCUACUUUUCCUUUAUUGCUAAAAAUAAAACACUACUGUCAAGCAAACAAAAUAUUACGGGUAUCUUAAU